AUGGAUGGAAAAUCAACCAGAUAUGAUAUCCACACUCCAGCUAUUAAGAAGAAAAAGAAAAAACACUCGGUAGAUAAGGAAAGACAUCAGGAGUGUUCCAGUAUAAGUUUCAAAGGUUCCUGCCUGGCAAAUGAACAGUCUCAAAUAACUAAGAAGAAAAAGAAGAAAAAAAAUAAACAGCAUCUCAUUUCUUCUCCUGUGAACAGUUCAGAAACUUGUCAAGAGAUUGCAACGGCCAUUUCAACACUCAAAAAGAAGAAAAAGAAGAAAAAACAUGCUUUAGGGGUAGACAAAGAGACGGGUAUUGCAUAUGUCCAUGUAAAUAAAGAAAAUAUUGAGAACACACCAGAGAAUUUUAGAAAGGAUAAUGAUGUCAUUCAUGGUCGUCUGAACAAGAAACAAAAGUCAAGAAAAGAACCUGAAGCAAAUGAACUUCCUACAGUUCUGAAGUCAUAUAAAAAUGAGUCAGAAGAACUGCAUAAUAAAGUUAGAAGAAAAAAGCAUAAAAAACAUCAUCAGACAGGAACAUCCUGUGAUAGCCAGGAAAGCCCACAUGCCAGCAUUGCCUUACACCAGUCGGAAUCACAGGAGCAGGAAUCCCUGCUCUCUGUGGACCUACAAAGAGAAAUUCCAGAACUCUUAGUAUCUGCUGAUAAAAAAAAAUCUAAGAAAAAAAAGAAGAAGAAGAAGAUUUCAAAUAGCCCAGGGUUUGAGGCGCUGACCAUGCCAGAGGGUCUUGAGAACGUAUAUUCUGAAGGAUCACAAAUCAUCGGUGAGAUCGGUACUGUAGAAGGCAGUAAUGCACUUACAGGGAUCAAGGACUCCAACGGUACAAAGAGAAAGUCUAAGAAAAGGAAGCGAAGGUCUUUUGUGGAAACUGCUGUUGGAUCUGGUGCUGAUUUUUCAGUGCUUAAUAAGAACUCUGAGAACACACAUAGAGAUCUGGAAGGUGAUGAUUCACUGACAGGCGAGGGGACGUUGAUUGAAGAAAGUAUGAAGCCCAGGACAAAAAAGAAGAAAACCAAGUCCCAUUCAGAAGAAACAUAUGUGGAAGAAGUUCAGAGGUUAGAAUCCACAAGUGAAGAAGAAAGCAAUUUAGAACCAUCUAGACAUUCUGAAACAUGUUUAUCUGAAGACUCAAGAAAUUCUGAUGAUUCUGAUGUAGAUUUGGGUUCUGCCGUGAAACAGCUCCAAGAAUUUAUUCCUAAUAUUAAGGAAAGGGCUGCCACUACUAUUAAGCGGAUGUAUCGGGAUGACUUGGAACGGUUUAAAGAAUUUAAAGCAGAAGGUGUUUCUAUUAAAUUUGGGAAGUUUUCUAUUAAGGAGAAUAAACAAUUAGAGGAAAAUGUGCAAGAAUUUCUGUCCUUGACAGGAAUUGAAACUGCAGACAAGCUGCUACACACUGACAGAUAUCCACAGGAGAAAUCUGUGAUCACUGACUUAAAGCGGAAAUACGGAUUUAGAUUGCACAUUGGCAAGGGCAUCGCUCGACCUUGGAAACUAGUAUAUUAUAGAGCAAAGAAGAUGUUUGAUAUCCAUAAUUACAAAGGCAGGUAUAGUAAAGGAGAUACUGAGAAGUUAAAGCUAUACCAUUCCCUCCAUGGAAAUGAUUGGAAGAAAAUUGGUGAGAUGGUGGCCCGGAGUAGCCUCUCUGUUGCCCUGAAGUACUCCCAGAUCAGCAGUCAAGUCAAUCACGGUACUUGGAGUAAGACUGAAACCCGGAAACUAGUCAAGGCCGUUGAACAAGUGCUUCUAAAGAAGAUGUCUCUCCAGGAGUUAAAUGAGAUGGAUCCUAGCCUUCAGGAAAAUCCUGAAGGCCGCCUAUCAGUUGUUCGGAAAAAACUCUACAGGGGAAUAUCUUGGAUAGAAGUAGAAGCUAAAGUGGAAACCAGAAAUUGGAUGCAGUGUAAAAGUAAGUGGAUGGAAGUCUUAACCAAAAGGAUGACUAAAGGACAUGAUGUGUACAGGGGAGUCAACGCCUUGCAGGCAAAAAUCAAUCUCAUUGAAAGGUUGUAUGAAAUAAACGUGGAAGAUGCUAAUGAAAUAGAUUGGGAAGAUCUUGCCAGUGCCAUAGGGUAA